UCCUUCAAACAAAAAAAACCCAUAUGUGUGUGUUGCGUCCACACAGCGCUGAUGACAUGUUUGUCACGAUCUGAAGUCGAAGGAAGUAACCGUUAAGUAAUCACGUCAUGGGUAGCGCGCGGCUAGCCAGGUUAGCACGCUAGCUCCUGUGCUAACGUAGAGUUCGGCUAGCCAGGUUAGCACGCUAGCUCCUGCUAGCGUAGAGUUCGUCAACAAGUUUGUUUGAUAUCAGCUGCAAAUUAAAUGCAGUGUGACAUACACUAUUAUUAUUAAACGGAGUUCUCCAUAUGUUACAUUAACGCCCCGAUACAUCACCAAGUUAAUAUAUUGCAUGCCAACGGCAGGCGAUGUAUCAGAAUACAGUAAUGAAUGCUGCUAGCAUUAUAGCUAGCUGUCUAGCGUAGCAUGCUAAUGACUGCAAAAUAUCCAAACUCCACAACCACUAUUUCAUAAUUAAAGCUGAACGUUAUCGCUCGUGAAGACAUCCACUGUUCAGUUGUGCAGUAGCGUUAGCUCCACUGAGUUUUAGGCUAUUAUUAAUUGUUAGUAGUUUGCUCACAUAACGGAGCUAUAACUCUACAGAUAGUUAAUUGUAAUACCGUUAGUUUCUACACACCUAAGUCCUGUUUUGCUGAGAUGCUCAGCACGUUAACAGCAAUGCGGUGGAUACAUGAACCGUUACAAAGUCUGUACAAGGUUUUGGAGAAAUACCCUAAUAUGCCCAUGAGCCAUAAAGAGAUCUUGCAGGUGAUCCAAAGAGAAAGACUUAAAGAAAUAAGUGGAACCUCGCCGCUGGCAUGUCUGAACGCAAUGCUGCACACAAACUCUCGUGGAGAGGAGGGCAUCUUCUACAAAGUCCCAGGCCGAAUGGGUGUCUACACAUUAAAGAAGGACAUCUCCGAUGUGGCGAAGGACAUGUCCGAGGAGGGCUCUGAGGAGAGCAGUGACGAUCUGUCGGACUCCCAAAGCACAGAAAACAGCAGCAGUGCCCUCGCAGCAGGAGAGGGCACAAGAGGAAGGUGGAUGCGAAGAGUUCCCUCCAAGCUGCAGUCACAGCCGUCCUCUCCGCAGCCUCGAUGCUCGUCGCCUUCGGUCUCCACCAGUAAGCUCAUCUCUCCCUCGCAGAAACACAGCAAGAAAGCUUUGAAACAGGCCUUGAAGCAGCAGCUACAGAGAAACCAGCGCAGACAGGGGGGAAUGCCAACCACCUCCAGUCCUAGACUGCUUCUGAAAACCAUCAAAGAUAUGGCUGACAACAUCACUACAAAGACUGACUUAUGCCACCCGGUCGUCCCGAGGAAGGUUUCUCAGAGGUCCGGCCGCCUCGGUGCAGGGCAGCUGAAACGUACAAAGUGUAAAAUAGAUGUGGAAACGCCAGACUCCAUUUUGGUCAACACCAACUUAAGGGCGAUCAUCAACAAGCACACCUUCUCCGUCCUGCCUCCAGACUGCCAACAGAGGCUGCUCAAACUUCUCCCUGAAGUUGACCGGCAGGCCUGCAUGGACGGCCUUCUGAAGGUCACUAGCUCUGCCUUGAACAACGAGUUCUUCACGUCGGCGGCUCAGUCUUGGAAGGAGAGACUGGCUGAGGGGGAAUUCACUCCUGAGCUGCAGCUACGAAUGCGCCAAGAAAUAGAGAAGGAAAAGAGAGUUGAGCUGUGGAAGGAAGCCUUCUUUGAAAACUAUUAUGGGGAAAAUUCUGGGCUCAGCUUUGAGGAAUCCAAACAGCUGACGAAGGCUGAUGUGAAUCAGGAGUCCCCGCCUCAUCAGACGGGACCUGCCGCUCAAGCACCAGAGGAUCCCAAGGGCGGCGAGGACAGCAGCCAGAGCGAAGCUGCCGCUGCCGCAGUGAAAGACACCAAGCCCACAAAGGAGCCUCCGAAGGCACAGGCUGCUCAGAGAGAGCCAGUCUCCACCAAUGAGCCCAUGAAGACACGGCGAGCGCAGUACGCUGAGGACCGGAAGUUGAGUGCCGCAGCACAGCCGGGGCCGACACCUGCAGUGAAAACGCCAGAGGUGGAGAGGCCGGCCGAACGGGCCGCGGCAGGUGCUCUGCCUGACAAGGAGCGCAUGGAGGAAGUGAAGGAGGAGAAAAGUGAAGUCCCCCAGUCGCCUGUGAAGAAGAGCUGCCCACCACCGGCUAGUUCAGAGGUAAACGAGGUGCAGCCGGUGUCUGUGGUUAAGCCUGCUGAGGAGAGCAAAGAGGUCACCUCUGAGCCCAGUGGCCCCUCAGAGCCGCUGAAAAGGAAAUCUCUCGGUGAGAUUGGGGAAGAAUUGACACCAGAGAAAAGGCCCCGUAUGUCCUCAGUCUCCUCACUGUCCUCGGUCUCCUCUGUAUCUCCUCCAGCGACUUCCAUAUCUAGCCCUGCGACACCAACUUCAGCAACAAAUCAGAGGGUUCCACCGCUCACGAUCCCAGUGGCACGAAUUCUUCCCGUUCCUUUGUCCCCGAAUCAAGUCUCCCCGAGGACUCCCCUCCCGGCCCCGCUGAGCAGCCCAGGCCGUACCGGUGCUCGCACUUUGGCCGACAUCAAAGCUAAAGCUCAGCUUGCCCGAGCGCAGCGAGCAGCGGCUGCCGCGGUGUCAUCUGCAUCGAAGGGAGCGGUGCCGGGCCCGGGGCCGGGGGGAGGCGGCGGUGAGCGGACCCAGCCAUCGCCCAGCACCAACCCAACGUCCCCACAGGCAUCGACCAGCUUACCGGCCUCCAGCAGCAGCAGUCGGACCAAUACACCUCCGUCUCGCCCACUGGACUCUUUUGGCCAGCUAAGCCCAAACUGGUCUCAAACCUCUUACCCCAGCAAAACUGAUGAAGAAUGCAAAGGUCCUUCUGCUGGUUCUGUCAGUGCAGGACCCGAUAGCAUUCAUAUGCAGCACACUCCGUCACCCGUGCACGCUCUGAAGGAACAGGAGAACCCAUCGCUUGCUGGAUCAACCAAGACCAGCUCCUGUGUCCCUGCAAAUAACCCGCUGGUCACUCAGCUUCUGCAGGGAAGAGAGGUUCUGUUGGAGCAGAUCCUCCCGAAACCGCUUUCCAAAGUGGAAGUGAAGAUGUCAAACGUUCCCUGUGGUAGUAAGGGGAAGACGCCACACUCUGCUGAGCACAGGGCUGAUAAGCCGGUGUCCCACCAGUUCAGUACAGCAGGACGAGCAGGAGUGGAAUACACGAGACACCACAGGGAGCUUCCUGACAAGGAGACUCAGGAGCAGAUCCUGCUGGCUCUAAUGCAGAGGAAAGGCCAGCAGAGCCAGCCUUAUGGUGCUAUGGGACCUCAGCACAAAGUCCAUCAGCUGCUGCAUGCAGAAGAACGUCAGGACCAAUCCAGGAUUUCGGUAGGAUAUCUGGGUCGAAAGAGGAUGCCCAGGCCUGCCAUGACGGGGCAUUACCUGCUCAAUGUGUCCACAUACGGCCGGGGACCGGAGAGCAAGAGGCUGCAGCAGUCUGUCAUCCCCAACGUGUCUGUGUCCACUUUAAAAAGGGAAAGCACAGAAGAAGAGGAAGAGGAACCUGCCAGGAAAUGUUUCUUUCCUGCUUCCGGGGUUAAAACGGAGCAGCACGGAUUCUCGAUAACCAAGUCCGAUGAAGCAGCGAGCAUUCAGCAUUGCUCCAAUGUAAAGACUGAGCCCGGAUCAGAGGACAGUGCAGCCGGCGGCGACAACAACAACAGCACCAGCGCGACAGCCAAAGACACCAGCUCUUUUUCUCAGUCACACCGAAGGCACCUCGAACUCCGCAAUAGCAACCAAGGGAACUCCCAGCCAUAUCUCGCCCAAGUGGACCCCAUUCACCAGCGGCAGUCUGCCUUUCACACCCAGAGAAGGCUGGAUAAUCAGGAAGCGGUGGCAGCGUCGUGCUACGGUGGCACUAUCAGCAUGUCUGUACCUCACACUCUGAACCACAGCGCCACAGGCGUCGGCUCUUCCGCGGCCUCGUCCGAGGCGGGCGGCGGUGACGGCGUCAUGUCUUUCUCGGUGACCGUCACCACCAUACCGGCCGGUCACUCGUUAGACCACGGCGACCAGGGCGAGCCCUCGCCCGAGCAGUCGUUCAUCGAGGGCUCCAACAUGGAGGACGUGCAGUCCAAAUGCUACUGCAGACUGAAGGCGAUGAUCGUGUGCAAAGGGUGCGGAGCCUUUUGCCACGACGACUGCAUCGGCCCCUCGAAACUCUGCGUGUCCUGUUUAGUUGUGCGAUGAUAUGAAAGGAAUAACACUCGGAAGAGAAAUCCUGGUUUGAUUUGUAUUGAAGCGAGACACGAAGCAGGAGCGGGUCAUUCCGAAUCGAUCGCUGCUGCGGUGAAGCGCAUUAGCCACACUCACAGAUAAAACAACCAGCAUGUGGCCGCUGUGGGGAAGGAUUUACACUGGAUGCUCUUUUGUUUCACCAACAUCGAUUUCAAAAAAAGUUGUUUCGUGCAAUUUUUGGAUAGAAAUGUCAAUCAGUUCUCAAUCAAAUGAGUAGUCUGUCAGACGUGUGACCAAUAUAAAGUCAACGUUUGCACUCGGCUAGGAUUAGUGUGAUAUAUUUUUUUAAAUAAAUAUAUCUGUAUAUAUAUAUAUAUAUAUAUAGAUAUAUAUAU